CCUAGCGGCAGAGACACCUACGGGCACCAAACUGAUGACGUGGUUCGGUCCGUUGACCAGAGCAGCAGGAUGGCCGACCAGAGUAGGCAAAUAAAGCUCGCUGCAGCUAAGAAAAAGCUGAAGGAGUUUCAGCAGAAGAGCUCCCCUGCUUCUGUAGGAGGAGAAAGGGAAGGAGGAGGAGGAGGUGGUGGAGGAGCAGGAGCCAAGAAGAAGAGAAAGGUGAAGGGACUGAGCCAACUUGAUGCACCUUCAUCAGACAGAAACUCUCCAGAUAAUUUUGACAGUAUUCUGAAAGCACUUAGUCAAAGCAAUGGAGUAGUCCUCCCUCCUUAUGGCAACUGUCAGACCUUCACUGACGUGGACGCUGUGGGUUCUUCAGUUCCACAGCUGCUGGAGGAGCCAAACAGCGAGCCUGUGUCUAACCCCUCUAGCGCUAACACUGCUACUAACCCUGAGUCUGUCGGUCACAACACUGACCUGCAGGACUACCCUGAUACCAAUGGCAAUGAGAGCUCAUUAGAGGAAAAUAGACCGCUGUCUUCCACAGAGAGCCUGCGGCAGCUCUCACAGCAACUGAACGGCCUGGUCUCUGAGUCAUCUGCUGCGUAUGUGAAUGGAGAUGCACCUACUGUCAGUGAAAGAGAACUGGAGAGUCGGAACCAGGAGCUGGCAGCCGCCCUGGAAUCCAGCAACCUAACAAACUCUCAGCUCAAUACCAAGCUAGACCAGCUGGCACAGCAAUCUCAGGAGCUCACAGAACAGCUGCAAAAGGAACGAAAAGAAUUUGAACAGAGAUUUUCAAAAGAGCAGGGAGCCAUGCGGGAGCAAUUACAGGUUCAUAUCCAGACCAUUGGGAUUCUCGUAUCAGAGAAAUCGGAGCUACAAACAGCACUACAAUAUACACAGCAGGCUGCACGGCAGAAAACAGCUGAGGCAGAGGAGCUAAAUAACCGUCUACAGGCAACAAAGCAGAGAGUGUCAGAGCUGGAGAGAACUCUCUCCUCUGUCUCAACACAGCAGAAACAGUUUGAAAAGCACAACAAAGAUCUUGAAAAGGAAAGAGACAAUCUGAGGCUAGAAGUGUUCAGAUUAAACAAUUUGAGUGAAGAGUCGAAGCAGCAGAGUUCGGAGCUGUCAGAGCAGUUAAAAUUGAGUACACAUGACAAUGGCGCGAUGAAGCUGGAGCUAGAAGAUCUUCGUAAGAGGCUCGAGAUCGCUGACCUCAUGUUACAACAGUGCUCCAGUCAGUCAGAUCCCACCAGUGCCAACCAGCAGGUCCAGUUACUGCUAGAAGAGAAGCAGCAGAUUGAGGCACACAGUCACCAGCUCAUGGAGUCUCUCACUCAGCUAAAGACAGAGAGAGACUGUUACGCGGAGCAGAUCCAGGAGGAGGGCCGUGUAUGGAAGGACAAAACGGAACAGCUGCUAGCACAGGUGUCUUUGGUUGCAGAGGAGAGGGACAGAAAUAUUAACCGAGUUCAAGAACUGGAAGCCAGCAUCGCCGAGCUAAAAAAUGCUGCAGCAUUAUUGGCCCAGGAAAAAGAAGCUCAGGAUGGGGCAAAGCCUCAGUCCUCAGGGCCGUCAGAAAGUGGGGUGGCUCUGCAGGAGGCCUUCAACAGUCUACAACAGGAGAAAGAUGCUGUUACUAUGCAGUACCAGGCACAGCUGCGAGAUAAUGAGCAGCUGAGCCGCCUGUGUGCAGAGCAGGAGACACGUCUGGGGGAGUUGGAGCGGCAGGUGGAGAACCAAACCCAGGAGGCGGAGGACCGCCGGCGCAUGUUGGAGGAUGUUCAGUCAGACAAGGCCACGAUUAGCCGUGCUCUCACCCAGAACCGAACGCUGAAGGACCAGCUGGCUGAGCUACAGAACGGUUUUGUCAAACUGACUAAUGAGAACAUGGAGUUGACUACUGCUAUCCAAUCAGAGCAACAUGUGAAAAAAGAACUGGCUCGCAGAAUGGGUGAACUGCAAGAAGCGCUGCACAACACCAAAGAGCAGCUGGAGCUGAAAUGUAACGAGACUCAGGGUCUGAUGGAGCAGAGGGAUCAGGUGGUGGCCCACCUGCAGCAAUACUGUGCUGGUUACCAGGCCCUGGCCUCAGAGAGGGAACAGCUCCACCAACAGUAUCUGCAGCAGAACCAGCUGAUGGAUCGAUUGCAGCACGAUGAAAGUCAUGGCCGUGUGCAGCUGGAGAUCAGUCACAAUCAGCUCAAACAAGCCCAGGAGCACUUAGAACAGUUAGUCAAAGACAAUGAGCAGCUGAAGGCUGAGGUGAAGGAGCUGCUCAAUAGCUCAGCUCUUGUGACAUCAACCAGAGACCAGGGAGAUGGAGUUGAAAGCCAGUCCCUGGAAGAGAGCCCAAAACAGUCCUCCUCCAUAGUUAUCCCUGAGGACUUUGAGAGCCAGAAAGAAAUGGAGGAAUUUAUCCGUGGAGCUCUGGCUCAGGUAGAAGCAGAGAGAGACGAGGCCAGAAGGCAACUGGAAGAGGAGCACAGGCUCCACAUGGCAGCCCGGCACCAGGCCGCUGUGGCCCUCAGUCUUGAGCAGCAACACAACAGCCACAAGCCUGUUCAUCACCAUGACCAUGAUCAUGAUCACAGUCACGACCACCACAGCCACUGUGAACACAGUCAUGAGCAUUCAGAAGGAGGUGUGCCAGUGGAAGUUCAUCAGGCCCUGCAAGCUGCUAUGGAGAAGCUUCAGCAGCGUUUUACCUCCCUCAUGCAAGAGAAAGCAGACCUAAAGGAGAGGGUGGAGGAACUGGAGCACCGCUGCAUCCAGCUGUCUGGAGAGACCGACACUAUAGGGGAGUACAUAGCCCUCUACCAGAGCCAGCGGGCAAUCAUGAAGCAAAAACACCAGGAGAAGGAGCAAUACAUCAGCAUGCUGGCCCAGGACAAGGAGGAAAUGAAGGCAAAGCUGGCAGAGCUGCAGGAUCUUGUGAUGCGGCUUGUGGCUGAGAGGAACGACUGGUAUAACCGCUACACUGGAGCUGUCACCAACACCAGCACAGUAAACCCCGACCUGCUCCCUGUUGGGGAGGAUCACACUCACCCAGAGCACCAAACACACACACAGACAGAACUUAAUGCUGUCAGUGGAGCAGAAGCCAUGGAGGUCAUCCCUCUGUCGGAUCCCACCCCAGGACUGGAAGCUGCCUCCUCCCAGGCACUAUUGACUGGGUCUGCUCAGACUGACUCCAAGCCCCUGGUGCCCAAAGAGGACGGCACGGCCCAGCAGAUCAUGCAGCUGCUCCACGAGAUCCAGAACCCCCAGGGAGCUCCAAGAUCACCCCCGUUCCUCGGGGAGAACCCCUGCAUCCCCUUCUUCUACCGGCCUGACGAACAGGACGAAGUCAAGAUCCUGGUGGUGUGAGGUCUGGAUGUGACAGAGGCGCGUUUGCGUGUAUGUGUGUGUAUGUUAGAGAUAUUGGACAUGUCUUGAAGUCUGGGGAAAAUUAAAGUCCACAGUUUGUAGCUUAUCGGUCAUAUUCACAAACACUUCUAAGGAAGAUCGACUUAGAAAACUGGUCACAGAUGUAACAAUACCUUUGGCCUGGUUACGAUGAAAUGCCCCCCCUUUGUUCUGUGUGUCGGCACCACUGUGUGCACGGUUAAAACGAAAGAGGAUUUUCUAUUUGUUGUUUUUAUGUUUUUGUUUGUCUAUGAUGCUCUUCCCCGAGAGGAGAGAAUCAGUGUUCCUCAAUGCAAUUCGAUUAUUCUCUUUACCGCAAUUCUGAGCACCCAUCUCUCACACGUGUGCAAUAAAGGGGCCGUAUGUUGUGUCCCCUCGCUGAUACAGCACUUAGAGGCUGUCAGAAGUUAGCAGCUUGUUUGUGUGCGACUUUAUUCAAGUGCAAAUCUCAGUUUUAAUUCACUGUACACAUGCCAAAAAAGAGCAUCACGUUUUUUGAAUGUAACAACCCGAAUAUUUACCUGUAUGUUUGCGUAAUGUGAAGAGAAGUGAUGAGAAGGGAGCAGCGAGAGGAUGUCGGGUUGGGUGGCCGAACUAGUAACUGGAGAGUGAGACGAAAGGUAAAGUUAAGUCAGUAAAGGAACUUUGGGCACAUAAUAGCUUUUGAACUGUAGCUGCUCUUCCGUUUUGAAGUCGAGAGCUCGCUAAGUUACGCAGUUAAAGUUCAGGAAGAUGGAGGCAGAUGUUGCUGAUUGGUACUGUUCCUAAAACCACCUUUUCGUCAUCGUCUUUCUCCUCCAAACACUGAAAAUAAGUCAUAUGUUUAAUUGUGUGUGUGUAUAAUUGUGAAGUGUUUUUGUGUCACAAUGUUGUCUGUUUUGACUGAGAGAAAUCACCGCCACUGGGAACUGGUGGUUCAGAUUAAUCUUAGGGUAUAGAUGCAAUUUAAAGACCCUGUGAAGUUUAAAGAAAAAAACACUUUAAGUCAAAGGUAUGAAGGCAUUACGGGCAUCUUUUCCAUUCAGAAAAACGAUAUAGCUUUGGCUGCUUUCCAUAUUAUUGAUUCUGCAAGUUUCUACAAGUUAAGGUACAAUUUUUUUGGAGAAGUUACAGGUAGUUUGGUUUCUAUAUCUGCAGUUUUAAAUUGUGUUUGUUCCUCAGAUAUAUAUAAAAGUGAACUUUUGUUUCAUGGGGUCUUUAAGUUUCUCAACAAAUUGACAUUUAACGAGAGUCGGCUCUUUUCUGUUACAUUUACUCGUAGUUUUACAUAUCAAAGAUGAAUCAAUGCACAUUGAUAACAACUGGACUGUGUGAGCGUGUGUUUAUGCGUGGAAUCCAAACUGUUUCUUCAGCCAAAAUUGCAUCUGUUGUACUUUUUUUUUUGUAGAGUUCUAUCAGAUUAUAUAAGUAUGAUUGCACUAAAACUGUACAAAGCUUCUCAUUUAGCUCUGUCCUCUCCGGCUGGUUGGGCAGAAGUGUUUCUAUCAUAGAGCCUCUUAGCUUUUUAUUUGGAGGUCGGGGGGGAUCCUAUGAAGCCUCACGCUUAAGCUGAGGAUUCCACUGAGUUUAAUUGGAAGUGCGUUGGUGCUUGUUUGUGCACUCGGAGGGUGAAUAUGGUGUGUAAAUAUGGAUAGAAGAUGCAUUAAUGAGAACGCUCGCUUCAAGAAAUUCUUUCCAAAGGGUGAGGGACCAAUUGGAUUUGGAGAAAAUGAACAACUCUCUUUGAAUAAACAAAAUGAGUCACAUUUGUCAUGUUAGUAUUCUGUAGUUUUGUAUUGGCUUGAGUAAAUCUCUUUUGGGGCAUUAAAUGGAGGAAUAAAGGAUGAGAUCAGAUGUUCAGCUUUAACAGAGAUGCUCGUGUUCACAAAUAUAGAUUGGAGGUGGCUUGGUUGAUUUUUUUUCCCUUUACAAUUAAUACCAGAGAUGCUGUCGCAGCAUCUCUUCUUUCAAUUUCACAUUAAAUCUUGGCAGAAGCGUCUUGUUUUGUGAGAGUCCAUGAUUUUAAUAUGCAAGGACCCUGGGAGUCUCACUGUAAAAUAAAUUAAAACAACAAAAAACAGACAAUGCUUUAAGGUGUUUCUGCCUUUCUAUUUGGACAUCUCUGAAUUGUGAGGCUCUUUCUGUUGUGCUUAUUUUGACGUAGAGGACACAUUUAAUAAAUUAUUAAAUUGCACACUUGAUAUUUAUCACUAAAAGCAACGGGACUGAAAGCGGUUGUGCGAAGCUUGGUAUUUUAAGCGUAUUAUACAAAGCAAAAAUGUAAUUGAAAUGUAAAGUAUGUGGUUGCCGUAUGUACUCAGUGUUGUUUACUGAGGAAGGUAAACAGCACCUAAACUAAACCACAGCACUUUGGUAGAAACAGGUGUUUUUUUUCUUCUCCGUUUUAAAAUUCCUCGCUUCUUAGCAUUCUGUCACGGUUUGGUUUCCUUUGAAGAUGCCACAGAUUUUAUUUAGUUUUUUCUUUUUUUGCUUUCGUUUGUGGUCAGACCAAGAUUAUACAUUAAAACCCUUUUUUGUGUUGCUUUGGGAUCUUGUAAGAUAACAGAUAAAACAAUGUGGAUAAACUGAUUUCUCCACGCUUUCUAAUUCACUGUUAAAUAUGUUAUGCGAUUGAAACAAAUGAGAAAGCAUUUAUUGUCUUUACUGUAAAAGAGGUGGUGUACAUACUGUAACUGUGUAACAUAUUGUAUAUUCUUUAUGCCUGGUGUGUGGGGAGAAGCUGCCGCGUUUCCUGGCAGUAUGGAUUGUGUGUCUGUUAGUACAGAGUCGGGGUGUCGGCAGUUACUGACUGGCUGUGAUUUAAUACAAAGAUUGACUUAAAAAAAAAAAUUCUAUUUAUUUGGAUUAAGUUAGCUUCUCAACUAAUCAGUUUUAAUUGCAAACUAGAAGUGAGUGUAGGUUGGAAAUGAAGGAUCAUCGAGAGAACUGAUUUGUUGGAGUGCUGCUUCUGACAGAAGCUUUCUGAUUUUUUUUUUUUUUUUUGAGUAAUAUUUUCUCCUGUUCUCCUGAAUAAAACUGAUUGAGCAACUUAAA